UCGUCUGCCUCGCGGGGCGGCGGAGCGGCUCACUUGGUCCGAGGAGGCGCCGCGCCCGGCCGCGGCGGAGGCUGCGGGGAGCGGCCGAGAUGCUGCGCUACAGGUCGGGGCUGACGGUGACCCACACCAAGCCGAGGCAGCCGCAGAGCAAGCGGAAGGCAAACAUCUGUCGGCUGCGCUUAACUCUGCCCCCGGAAGAAAACUGGCCUCCUAGGGGAGGGACAAAUGCUGCUGAGAAGACCCCAAAGCAACUCUACCAAGCGCCUGGGGGAUUGUCUGCUGGGGACUUAAAGCACGGUGUUGUGUACGGUGUGGUGCACCGGUCUGAUGACAACCACAACAAAGAAAUGGUGGUUUAUGGAUGGUCAGCUCACCAACUGAAAGAAGAAAUGAGAUAUAUACGAGAUGUGAGAUUAACAUUGGAAAGAGUAAGAAACAAAAUGUAUGGCGAAUACGAUGAAAUGAAACGCAAAAUCCACGAGCUCUCAAGUGAGCUGACAGUGUCACACGCUGAGCAGGCAUCCCUAGAAAGCCACAUCCAGGUGCACGCGGCAGCCCUGGAGAGUUUCCGCGAAAUGAGCAGUUCGCUCACCUCAGCAUCCAUUGAGCUGCAGAAAACCUUAGUUGAUGUUACUUUGGAGAAUACAGUUAUACGUGACCAGAUACAUAACCUGAAACAAACUCACGAACAAUCCAUGGAAAAGCUGAAGGAAAAGCAGAAGGAACUGGAAACUGCUAAGGUGGAAAAUGAAUUGCUCCGUCUCAAGGUGGAAAGCUCACAAGAAGCAAAUGCAGAAGUCAUGAGAGAGAUGACCAGGAAACUAUACAGUCAGUAUGAGGAAAAGCUCCAAGAGGAAGAACGGAAGCAUAAACUUGAGAGAGAAACUCUCCUUUUGGAAACGAAUCGUUUACUUAUGGCCAUUGAGGAUGCAAAUAAGAAGAUGAGACUUACAGAGACAAGUUUGCAGGAAAAAGAUCAACGGAUUGGAGAGCUGGAUCGACUCAUUCAGCGCAUGGAAAAUGAGCGCCAUCAGUUGCAAAAGCAAUUAAUAGAGUAUGAAAUGCAGCUACAAAGAGCGGCUCUCUACGACCAGUCCAGCCAACCAAGGUCCCUCAAGCUGGAGGAAAUUACUGACAGUCUCCGAGAACGAAUCCAGCACCUGGACGACAUGGUUCUGUGUCAGCAGAAGAAAGUCAAGCACAUGGUUGAGGAGAUAGAGCUACAAAAGAGAAAGUUGAAAGAAAAGGAAAUCUUUAUAUUACAACUUUUAGAGAAAAUCUCUUUUCUUGAGGGAGAGAACAAGGAACUGCAGGACCGUUUGGAUUACCUGCGGGAGACCCAAUCCAGGCCUGAAGUGGACACCAGAGACGUUGGGGUGGAAUGUGACCUCCCUGCCAGCCCCCCAAACGGAAGCCAGCUGCCUCUGGAAGUGCUGAAGCCAGCCAGGACCUACCGUCCAUUCAUGCGAGUCCUGGAAUAUUCUUCCAAGCACCACCCCCUGGGCCCGGCAGCCCCCUGCCAGUGAGGCCAUGCCCAGCCGGCUAGCUCGAUGGGCGGAGGGGAGCAAGCAGGCGGGCCGCUUCUGAGGCCCGCGAGGCCACAAAGGGGAGAAGGCAGCCCUGCUGCGCCUUGCAAGAGGCUUCUGUCCAGGGAUUCUGGGAAAAGAAAUGGAUCCGGGAUCCAAACUUCAUCCAGGAUGGCAGAUUUUCAUGCUUCUGUUGGAAAAAUAGUCACUGUGGUGACUUGGCUUCUGGCGGCAGCUACAGCCCGAAAGAGGUUGCCACAUGGCAUGGACGAGGCCACAAGUACCCAGUGAAAGCCUUCCUCUGUGUGGGCGUGUAAAGGUUUGGCCCCUCCAGCUUUCUGAGCUAAGGGCCCUCUGCUCAUCACCUCACUAUUUGCAGGCGCUGCUUUGCGCAGGGGAGCCUUCCACACCUGCCUUUCCAUGGAUCCAGGAAACUCUGCCCAGGCCUAACGUGCCAGUACAUGCUGCUUGUAAAGAUCCAGUUCAGAUCUGCAGUUUUAUAAGCCCAGAUUUCCUACGCAUUUAUCCCUUAAGGUCUUUUAACGGAACGUCCCAGGACGUCACAGAGACCCUUGAAUAAAGUUGUUGUUCUCUAUGUUGUUCCACUACUUUUAGUAAGAUCACAUUAUUUUUAAGUGCAUCGUAUGCAUAGAAAGGUGAAAUAAAUGCUAUAUACCAACAA